CAUUUGAAGUUUACCUCAGAAAUUCCCGCUUUGGUAACGUCUCGCGCUUGAGAGAUUUGGCACGCGACUUAAGAAAAGACUGACGUGCAGCAAAACGUCUUUGUAGUCGCUGUGUUUAGUCAGCCCUUUUAGUUCGGUUGGAAGUGGGGGGGGAUUCCAUUUUCCUCCUAACUCAUCACAUUAAGAUUAACACGGGCAUCUUUAAGAGGAUCUCUCUUUGGUCAUUCAUGAACUUGUUGAACACCCAGCCCUCUGCGGGACUACUGACAUCGAGAGUGAAUCUCAAUAGCAGUGCAAAUGCCAAGCUGCAACAGAGGAUGACUGACAGAAGGCAAAGCUGAGACGGCUGUCAGUCAACAUCCAGCCAGAGAGGCGAUUCUUCAGUGUGUUAGAAGCCUUGCUCUCUCUUCAGUCUGACCGUUCACUUUGUCUUCUCUGCCACUGCUUUCCUUAUCUCUGCCGGCACCAUCAACUCUGCCAGCAGCCCUGCCCCUUCCCAACGGACACAAUAAAGACCAGAGGGCUGAGAUAGAAGCAUCAAGUCUCACUCUCAGCCCUGCCAUCUUUAAACUCACCAACAGGAAGCUGGCAUGCUGAUGUACCUCUUUUGGCCCACACUCAGUAAAAGUUGGAUUAUUUUGUAAAAUAGCCCAGAUCUUGCACUCCUUCUCCCUCUAUCUCUAUCGCUCCCUGUUGUGUGCUAUCUCUAGCAUCUUUGAGAGGAAGAGAGCAGACAGAUCCUUUACAUCAUAGUGAAUAGUCUAUUAGAGGGGCGGCCCACAUAAAGGAGGAAGCCAUGCGUUUCCCGUUGCUGUUGACACUGCAGGCAUCAUGGCUGACUGUGUGUCAGACCACGCAACACUAUCCCACAACUUGGGGACACUACGACUUGUGCAAAUCACAGGGAUACACAGACGAGGGCCUGACCUGGUAUUACAUGGCCUGCCAGCCCGAAGCUGCUGACAUGACCAAGUAUCUAAAAGUGACCCUUGACCCACCUAAUAUCACCUGUGGAGACCCACCUGAGACCUACUGCACCCUGGAAAAUCCCUACAUGUGCAACAAUGAGUGUGAUGCAGCCACAGAUGAGCUGGCUCACCCCCCUGAGCUCAUGUUUGAUUUUGAGGGUCGCAACCCCACCACCUUUUGGCAAUCCACCUCCUGGAAGAAAUACCCCAAACCUCUGGCAGUAAAUUUAACCCUAUCUUGGAACAAGACCAUUGAGCUAACCGACGACAUCGUCAUCACCUUUGAGUCAGGCCGACCUGAGCAGAUGGUUCUGGAGAAGUCUCUGGACUAUGGACGUACCUGGCAACCUUACCAGUUCUACGCUACUGACUGCCUUGAUGCUUUCACUAUGGAGCCCAAGACAAUGAGGGACAUUACCCAACACACACUGUUGGACAUUAUCUGCACCGAGGAAUAUUCCAGAGGUUAUGUGUGGAAGAAUGACAAGACUGUACGCUUCGAAAUCAAAGACCGUUUUGCACUAUUUGCUGGGCCCAAGCUGCACAAUAUGGCCUCAUUGUAUGGACAAUUAGACACCACCAAGAACCUAAGAGACUUUUUCACCAUUACUGACCUGCGUAUACGUCUUCUCAGACCUGCCACGGGUGCCACUAUGGUGGAUGAGAACAACCUUUCCAGAUACUUCUACGCCAUCUCUGACAUUAAAGUACAUGGCAGGUGUAAGUGCAACCUUCACGCCAACAGCUGCAUCUUUGACAAAGAGAAACUGGUUUGCGAGUGUGAGCACAACACCACAGGCCCUGACUGCGGACGCUGUAAGAGGAAUUAUCAGGCCAGAGCUUGGAGCACUGGAUCAUAUCUCCCUAUCCCCAAGGGCACAGCAAAUAUCUGUUUGCCAAAUAGCGUUGGUCCAGUUAACUGUGAAUGCUUCAGUCACUCAAAUCGCUGCAGUUACAUCGAGGUGCUAAACACCGUCAUUUGCGUGAGCUGUAAGCACAACACUAGAGGGCAGCACUGCCAGCUGUGCAAGCUUGGAUACUACCGCAAUGCCUCAGCAGAUCUGGAUGAUGAGAAUGUUUGCAUAGACUGUAAUUGUAAUCCCUUUGGCUCAGACUCUGAUCGCUGUAAUGGCACAGGAUAUUGUAAAUGUAAGGAGGGAGCGACAGGGGCUAAGUGCCACGAAUGUCUGCCAGGAUAUUUGUGGGACAAUGGCUGCAAAUCCCGGGUGUGUGACAACGAGCUUCUGCGUUGCCAAAACGGAGGUGUAUGCAUGAACAACAUCCGUUGUCAGUGUCCUCCUUCAUACAGUGGCCUGCUGUGUGAGAAACCCUGGUGUGAGAACGAGCCAGGUGGUUGUGGCGGGUCAGACUCGGGCCAGGCCUUUCACCGCCCCCCUGCGUUGAUGCUGCUAUUGCUGCUGUCUGCCUUGGGUCCUGUAUUCCUUGUAGAGAUCUGCUGGAUGGCAGUCCUUUGAGAGGCGGAUAUCCAAAUAUCCAGCUUCUUCUGUAUAAGCAGCGCACCAGACCCACAACACUCGGCCGGCCAUGUGGAAUGUGCCCAAAUAUCAUAGCAAAAUUUGAGAGAAUGACAGACGAAAUACAAUAAAUAAAUAUGUCAAUAAAAAUAGUAUUUAUAAAAUUUAUUACAUGUUAAAGUCUAAAAGUAAAAAAAAUUAAGUUAUUUAUACAAUUUACCUGAGCAUACGCUUCAUGAAGCAAAUGAGAGGAAGUAGAGAUGUGAACUUAGCCAUAAUAGAUACUCACUCCCCUAAAGAGCGACAGGGAGCAAAGCGGACAGAUUCAUCACUUUCCUCCUUGUAUCGCCACUGCAACGGGAGCUGCGUUCUGCCAGCGGCAUGUACAAGUAAAGCCAGCUGCUGCCCCUCACCUGAGCCGUUCUGGGUAUCAUGUUGUCAAGACUGCUUUCGGCUAUUUCGAAAAGGAGCAAUGGGGAAACUGUCUGGAUUGUGUUAACUGGCAAUUCCGAAAAAAUUAAAACAACAUAAAAAUAAAGAUAGCAGUAAUAAUGCUGAGAAAGACUCAUAACAAGAAACAUAAGCAUUCUUUGCUGUCAGUGCAUUGUGGAUAUAAGGAAAUAUAUUCAGACAGUCACAUUUGACCUGCUUUCAAAUUGAGAUUGUCCCACCAACACCCACCCCACCUCGAACCCAACCAAGGAAAAAAAAACAUUAGAGUGUCCUUUGUGUCAAGAGCCCUGUCUCUCUUCCACUCUGUGCUUUUGUAAAUGUUAUUCUGUAACCCUUGUUGGUUGAAUUAUAUUCUUUUAUAAUUUUAGAUUUUUUUUUCUUCUUUUUAGUCUGUGUGAUGUUAGUCACACUCAUGUGGUACACCCCCACACCCCCAAUUCCCGUACCCCCAAAAAUAUUAUAAAAAAAAACCCAUAAUGUUUAAAAUGUGAUGAACUGUGUGCUGAGGCCACGUUCAAAAAUGUAUGUUUCACCCAAACAGAUGAAGUGCUUAGACAGUCAUCAGUGUAUUUAAUUUUUGUAUUAAUACAGAAGUUAUUUUCUUGACAGAGUAAAAAUAAUGUAGAACAUAUACUUUUUUGUAUUAUUGCUGAAAUGUGUUUAAAGGCAACAUUUUAGUGCAUUCAAUCAAGGUGCAAAACUGACAUAAAUAUUUAGUUAUGUUCAUCUGAAGCUUUAUUUCCUUUUUUUGUCUUUUUCAUUUUUCAUUGAGUUGGAUUGUAAAGUUUUCCUAAAGUAUACUGGCAACAUGCUGGCAUCAAAGAAUAUCAGUUUACAUACAGUCUAUAUACUGAAGUGUAA